AGGCUUUCCUAUUUCCUGGUUCGCCGGCGGCCAUUUUGGGUGGAAGCGAUAGCUGAGUGGUGGCGGCUGCUGAUUGUGUUCUAAGGGGACGGAGUGGGGUAAAGACGUUUGCUCUCCUGGAACAGCCUAUCUCAUUCCUCUCCUUCGACUACCCGUGGCGCGGAGAGUCAGGGCGGCGGCUGCAGCAGCAAGGGCGGCGGUGGCGGCGGCGGCAGCUGCAGUGACAUGUCCAGCAUGAAUCCCGAAUAUGAUUAUUUAUUCAAGUUACUUCUGAUUGGCGACUCUGGGGUUGGAAAGUCUUGCCUUCUUCUUAGGUUUGCAGAUGAUACAUAUACAGAAAGCUACAUCAGCACAAUUGGUGUGGAUUUCAAAAUAAGAACUAUAGAGUUAGAUGGGAAAACAAUCAAACUUCAAAUAUGGGACACAGCGGGCCAAGAAAGAUUUCGAACAAUCACCUCCAGUUAUUACAGAGGAGCCCAUGGCAUCAUAGUUGUGUAUGAUGUGACAGAUCAGGAGUCCUUCAAUAAUGUUAAACAGUGGCUGCAGGAAAUAGAUCGUUAUGCCAGUGAAAAUGUCAACAAGUUGUUGGUAGGGAACAAAUGUGAUCUGACCACAAAGAAAGUAGUAGACUACACAACAGCAAAGGAAUUUGCUGAUUCCCUUGGAAUUCCAUUUUUGGAAACCAGUGCUAAGAAUGCAACGAAUGUAGAACAGUCUUUCAUGACGAUGGCAGCUGAGAUUAAAAAGCGAAUGGGUCCUGGAGCAACAGCUGGUGGUGCCGAGAAGUCCAAUGUUAAAAUUCAGAGCACUCCGGUCAAGCAGUCAGGUGGAGGUUGCUGCUAAAAUUUGCCUCCGUCCUUUUCUCACAGCAAUGAAUUUGCAAUCUGAACCCAAGUGAAAAAAACAAAAUUGCCUGAAUUGUACUGUAUGUAGCUGCACUACAACAGAUUCUUACCGUCUCCACAAAGGUCAGAGAUUGUAAAUGGUCAAUACUGACUUUUUUUUUAUUCCCUUGACUCAAGACAGCUAACUUCAUUUUCAGAACUGUUUUAAACCUUUGUGUGCUGGUUUAUAAAAUAAUGUGUGUAAUCCUUGUUGCUUUCCUGAUACCAGACUGUUUCCCGUGGUUGGUUAGAAUAUAUUUUGUUUUGAUGUUUAUAUUGGCAUGUUUAGAUGUCAGGUUUAGUCUUCUGAAGAUGAAGUUCAGCCAUUUUGUAUCAAACAGCACAACCAGUGUCUGUCACUUUCCAUGCAUAAAGUUUAGUGAGAUGUUAUAUGUAAGAUCUGAUUUGCUAGUUCUUCCUUGUAGAGUUAUAAACGGAAAGAUUACACUAUCUGAUUAAUAGUUUCUUCAUACUCGGCAUAUAAUUUGUGGCUGCAGAAUAUUGUAAUUUGUUGCACACUAUGUAACAAAACAACUGAAGAUAUGUUUAAUAAAUAUUGUACUUAUUGGAAGUAAUAUCAAA